AUGUACCCCUAUCCACCUCUGCAGAGGCAAACCAAAGUAUGCGAGCUGAGUUUCAAGACGGCAAUCCUAGCGGUCAAAAUGAAUCGGAAACGGUUGGUUGUGGUGCUUGACACAUCCAUACACAUAUAUGACAUCACCAUCAUGAAGCUACUACACUCUCUAGACACGCCACCCAAUAAAAAAGGCCUGGUGUCACUGUCACCGAACAAUGAGAACAACUAUCUGGCUUAUGUGGCAUCCAAUGUGAGUGGUGAGAUUCUGGUGUUUGACGCCCUCAACCUACAGGCUGUGACCAUCAUACAAGCACACAAGACUCCCGUGUCUGCGUUAUCCUUCAACUUCAGUGGGACUAUGUUGGCCACAUCCAGUGGCAAGGGCACAGUCAUCCGUGUGUUUUCAAUACCAGACGGACAAAAACUAUACCAAUUCAGGAGAGGCACCUAUCCUGCGCAGAUCUACUCACUUUCAUUCAACAUUCAGUCCAAUCUGCUCGCCGUCAGCAGCGAUUCCGAAACGAUACACAUCUUCAAGUUAGACGAGAGGGCCCGAGAACAAGCCAAGCAACAGAACGUCAAGGCUGCUGGCCGGGGUGGCAAUUCUGGGCAAAUCGUGGGGGGUGCGGGGGGGGGGAUGUUCGGUGCGUGGAUCCCUGAAGCCUUCACAGACAUGUGGCAGCCGGAGCGUGACUUCGCCUGGUUCAAACUGCCGCCGGGGUCGAUCAAGAAGUAUAACAUAUGCGCUAUAAGCAAUUCCACACCGCUAGUGAUGGUGGCAACAGGUGAUGGGUUCUUCUACCAGUACAGUCUGAAUGCACAAGAUGGCGGAGAGUGUGUGCUGCUUAACAGAUAUAGCAUGCUUGAUCCGGCCGAGAAACAGGAGUUCGAAACUUCACAGCAAGAAGCGGCCAGCCCCCCUGAUGAAGAUCAAUUGUAAUUCGUAAUAUGCUGUAGAGUGUGUGGUGCGUAUAGGCACACGCCAGACCGAAGCAAUUGCGCAUAAAGACAGAGCACAUGGACGUAGUGUCAUGCCUAGACCUUGUGACUGUGUAAAGAAGUUGGGAGCUUGGGUGGCUGUAUACUAUCAUUAUGCCCGAGAAAGUGGUGCUCACUCAAUUCUGUGGUGGCAAAACCUGAAAUCGGAAAUCCCAAGUUCGAAUUCGAAAAUGAGGAAGUCAAGCUCUGCACUCUGCAUAGCAGGCAACUGGCAAUACGCCUCCAAAAUCCAAAACUCCAAUCAUUCGAUAUUUUACAGCAUACCGCAAGUCACAAGAAUGCAGGCAAAUAAAAAGACGUAAAGUUGAC